AUGUGGGGCGCUGUGAAGGCGGGCUACACCUUGGCCGAACUGCUGCUGUUGUCCCGCUCGGCCAGUUUGCCACAACGGGCUGCAGCCUUCCACGUGCUGGGAGCGGUGCUGAAGCGGGCGCGCAUCCCGGCGCCACAGGACGUCCUGUAUGCGGAUGCCGCAAUCCGACAGACAGGCUUUCACAGAGAGGUCUUCUUCUGGCACUUCGUUGCCCGGAGUGAUUUGCCAAAGCACCUGGCCGAAGCUUUACAGGAUCCGGCCCAGCCGGCUGUGCAACUGGCCGCCUUGCGCGCCACGACGGAACUUCUGGACGGCUUGGCCGAAGGGGAGGCCUGCGGCGACGUGCUGCGAGGUGAGAUGUCCGACUCUGGGCCGUGCUGCUCCAGGGUGGAGGCGUUCCUGGCACGGCCCUGGGAUGCGGCCCGCAGCCUGGUUUGGCCCUCGGCGCCUCUGGGGUGCGCGGAGGCCUUGGCGCGGAAGAGCGUGGCAGUGCUCUCCGCGGAGGGUUUUGGAGGACAAGGCGGUGGACAGAGCGCUUGGCCACCCUUGCUGAAGCGGCAGCUCUUAGGGGCCAAAGAGGAGCCCGAAGUCACAGCGGUGCAGGCACGGUUUGUGUUUUCCAGUGAUUUGCACACUUUGCAUCAGUGGCUUUUGCCUCCUGUCUCUGAUGAGAAGCAGCUGGCACUUUUGGCCCGUGCUCUGGCCUCUGCGUCUGUGGUGCGGCCAGAGCUGUGCGCCAGGCUUUUGCGUGAGGAGCAGCGUUCCAUGUGGAUCGCAGCUGCAGAGUCGGAGUCGGAGAUCCAGCCGGAGGUGAUUCGCUUUGUUCGCAUGAGUGUGGCUCUCAACGUUGCAGAAGGUUGCGAAGUGGUGGGUCGCCGUGCUGUGGCAUGGUGGCUGCGAGAGGAUCGUGAAUAUUGUGAAUUUGGGGUGUGCGAAGAUGCAAGUGGGACUUGGCUGUGGCUCGAAAAUAGGGAGCCCGAAAAGCUUUUGGCGGUGCUGCGACGAAGUGUGCUAAGCCCCCUGAAAUCAGGCUCCAGUGCAGCAGAUGCCCUCUCUGCAGUGGAGGCGUUAAGGUGUUGGUUGAGCUUCCUGCGCUGUGGCGCAGGAUGCGACCGACUCGACAGCUUUGCGGCUGAGAUUGGGGCUUACUGGCACAGGCAUUUGCUGGAACUCACCUUUGAGGUUCUUCGGUCCCGCGAUGAGGAGCCAGAGGACAUCAGAGCCUUUUCGGGUGGGCCAAAGGAGGGUGUGAGCUUGGGCAUGGGCGAAUACAUGCGAACACGCACAGGCCCCGUGCAGAGCCCCCGCACUCGGGCGCGGCUCCAGGCCAAGGCAGCUGCGCUGGCAGCAGACUUGGACAGCCAGCUGAGCGUAGCCUUGAAGGCACGGCAGCGGCUUGCCCCCAGCUGGCGCCCUGAGGAAGCGCCUGCGCCGAAUCCACGUGCAGUGCCCCUGAAGGCUGCCCUGCCAGCUGCUGCUGUGGCUCCAGCUCCAAAGGACACUGUGGACAUCGGCACCCGCACCUCGAGCUCAAGCUCGGCGCGGCUGCAGGCUUUGGAAAGGCAGCUGGAGGAGCUAAUUGAAAAGCUUCAUUCUGAACAAAAGGCACGAAAGGCCUUUGAGGAAGAGCUGCCGGUCGGGGGCCUGGACGGCUGGUCGACAGGUUUCGUGCAGCACAACUCGGGUAGAUUCUCCAUUGGCAUCAUUGGCCCCCAUGUUGGCCGUGGGACGCAGAAGCGCAAGAAAGACAUCCGCUCGCCGGGCAGCCUGCUUCGGGGGCUCCAGUUCAAGACUGGAGCUUGCGACAUGCUGAUGGGCACGCACAUGCAAGGUCCCCGUUCAAAGAGGCAUCUCUUUGCGAACGCAUUCUUUUUGCCCUUGCCACUUCGCUGCUUCGCUAUGAUGCCCAAGUGGAUCUUCGCACUGGCGAUCUUCAUUGUGGCCGCGCUGGGCGCGCUGGCGGCCAAGCUGGCUGAGCGGAAAGGUGGGAGGCUGAUGGCCUUGGCCGAGGCCUUCGUAGCUGGUGGCCUUCUCAAUGCUGCCUUGGUUCAUUUGCUUGCUGACAACAUUGGCACCCUGGACGAGGUAAUGAUGCCCAAGAAUGGCGAGGGAGAGCCUUUCCCCUUGGCACCCCUCCUUUGCGGCCUUGGUGCUUUGAUGACUCACUUUGUGGAAGGCAUAGCAGAACCUCUGAUGGAGCGGAUGGCCGACCGGUCUCCCGCCAUCAGUGGCCAGGUGGUUGGGCACAAGGCCCCCAUGCCAUCGGUGGCAUCGACCAACUCGAACUCCGACAAGGAGCAAAACCAGGAGCAGCAGCCGAUCGGGCGGCAGCUCCCCUUUCAACAGACUGAGGUGCGUCUCAACUGUGCGGGUCCGCUGCUGUUGCUGGCGCUCACUUUCCAUUCCCUCAUGGAGGGGACGAGCCUAGGAGCGUCGCAGGCCGACAGAACUAUGGACAUUUUCCUUCCCAUCAUCGCGCACAAGGGUAUGGCGGCCUUCACCUUGGGCAUCAACUGGGGUAGCCUCGGCUGGUAUGCCCUCGCAAUGCUCGUUUUCUCACUCGUGUCUCCUGUGGGGGUGCUGGUUGGCACAACUGCCGAGGGCAGUGUCGCAGCGAGCAUUCUUUUGUCACUCUCUGCUGGCACCUUCCUCUACAUAGGCUUAGUGGAGACGAUGCCCGGUGUCCGAAAGCCUUGGCUUCCCAGCAUGCUUGGCCGUGCGGCGCAAAUGGGGGUGUGCACAGCGGGCUUUGCGGCCAUGGGCACGCUGGCACUUUGGGCCUAG